AAAUGAUCAUCGUACACUAAUAUUAUAUUGCUAUUAUGUUUGUUAAAUUUUUUGUAAUAAAUGACAAUUAUUUCGCUGUUCACGAAGCGGGAACACAUUCAGAUCUUUGAAAUCUAAUUAAAUAUUUUGUUUCACGAAUAGAUCAACAACACUAUAUCUUCUGAACAAUGAACCCCAAUAUCGAAGUUGAAAGUUUAGUGGAAAAAUCAAGGUUUCCAAAGACUGUAAAUGAAACUCUAGGAAUAAUUGCUUAUUUUCCAUUUGGAGUUAUACUAGUUAUUUUGAGAGCUUUUAUUGCAUUAAAUGCAUUAUUUUUAACAAUUAUUUUGAGCAAUUACCCAAAUAUUCGGAGACCACUUCUAAAAACUAUGUCUAGUGUUCUCGGAUUAAUUGUAGUUAAAAAAGAAAAUUCUUCAUUAAAGAAAAGCAGAGUGUUGGUUUCAAAUUAUUUAUCAUUGUUUGAUCAUAUUGCAUUGCAUUUGGCAACAGGAUGUUUUACUCCAACAACUUUAUUCAGUACACCUGUAGCAUUGUAUUUUGGGAUGAUAUCUACAUUGAUCAAUGACAAUGUUACAACGGAGACCUCCAUAUUGAAACAAUUUUUAGUUAGAAAUAAUAAACAAUCUUUGAUGUUAUUUCCAGAAGGAGCUUCUACUAAUGGAAAAUGUGCUUUACUUAAAUUUUCUAUUGCACCAGCUUUAAUAAGUGAUAAAUUACAACCAGUAGUAUUAACAGUCACUCGACCAUCAUUUGUUAAUAUUAAUUUAUCAGUACUUGGAUCAAAUAAUAUUUCAGAAGUAUUUUGGUUUUUUUUCGUUCCAUUUACUAAAUUUGAGUACAAACUUCUUGAAGUGAUUCAGCGAUCCAAUGACGAAUCGGAUGAAGCUUUAAUGUCCAGGGUGGAAAAAGCUAUUUCACAAGAACUCAACAUAUCUACUUCAAAUAUUACCAAAAAUGAUAAAGAUGAGUAUAAAAAAAAAUAUUUUUUGGAGUUGGCAAAAAAUGCUAAAAAUCAUAAUGUAACUCUGGAGAAUUUUGAAGAAGAUCCAGAAAUAUUAAGAAUGGCUGCACAAGUUACUGAUGUUCUUCCAUAUGUCCCCAAAAAUGUCAUUGUUGCCAAUCUUAAGCGAACAAGAUGUGUUGACAUAACAAUUACUAAUAUACUUGAUGGUACUAUUAAGUUUACUCCAUUGCCACAGUCUUCCAAAGAACCAAAAACACCGACUAAAAGAACAGAACCCAAUAAUUUUGGGGUUGGAUCAUUCAUGGAGAGAAAAACAAAAUUGAUUGAUGAAGCUCGCAAACGGUACAUUAAGAAACAUGGACUUCAUCAUUUAGUUUAGUGAUUUACACCAGUGUGUAGAUGAUGGUUAAAGAACAAUAAUGUACUUCAUCAUCAUUGUGAACAUUUCCCAAUUUAAUUAAUUUGAACGCUCUUUGUUUACUAUUUUUUUUUUUUUUUUAUGGAAAUGGAGCAGGUACUUAUUGGAUAUUAUAAAACGCGUUUUUCUCCUUUGUACAAAUGUUAACACAACUCUUAUUAAAUAAAUUUUUAUAGACAAUAUUUAUAUAUUGUAUUAUUACUUAUUGACUUAUUGUUGUAAUUUUACUUCUUAUGUGAAAAAUAUUAUUGUCAUUUGAUUGUAUUCUUAACGCGUUAAUAUAUGAUACAUGUAUAAAUAUUAAAUAGAACACGUACGCAGAUCAA